CGGGCGAUAUGGGAUGGCCCCUUAUCGGCUCUUCCUUGUUGUUUACCAAUUCUUCUAAGACAAAUCAUGACCCUGAUUCUUUCGUUAAUCAUCUUAUUUCAAACAUGGAAGAAUAGGGAUGUACAAAAGUCAUCUGUUUGGGCAGGCAUCGAUCAUCGUAACAGAUCCAGAAAUACUCCGACGCAUAUACUUAGACGAGGAAUGCUUCGUGCCGAAAUAUCCAAAAUGGUCGAAAAUAUUUGUAGGGAGUGGAUGUGCCAUGAAGAUUGCUGAUCACAAAUCAGUGCAUAAGCUCAUGGCGGCUCCCAUCUCUGGUGAGGCCUUAUCUAAUUAUGUAGAUUAUAUGGAAAAGGAAGUAGUGAAAUGCUUGGAAGAAUGGAGUAGCAUGACACAACCAAUUUAGUUGUUGAAUGAAAUUAGAAGUCUCUACUUCAAAUUCAUUGCACGUAUUUUUUUGGGGGCUAAGGUAAGUGCCCAUUCCAUACAACAGCUCGAGAGAUUGUUCAUACAUAUGGCUCUUGCACUCCUCUCUAUUUUCCCCUUUGAUCUGCCUGGAUUUGCUUUCCACACAGCACUCAAGGCAUUGAAAGAGGUAGAGAAGAUGCUCAAUAAAAUGAUAGAAGAGAAGAGAAGAGCAUUGGAAAGAAAUGAAGGAAGAGAAGAGCUAUGUCAAAUGGAGGCAAUGAUUGAGGCUACUGAUGAGAAUGGAGCAAAGUUGUUAAGUAACAAUGCAAUUACAGAUAUGCUAAUUUGUGUGUUUCAUGGUGGUAAUCAUACUGCAGGUCAUGCUGCUAUGUGGGUUCUUAUCCACAUUUCGGACCACCCUCAUGUUUUUCAAAUGGCAAAGGAAGAACAAGAGUUGAUUAUAAAAGAAAGGCCAUCUACGCAGAAAGGAUUGAAUUUGGCUGAAAUAAAACGAAUGACAUAUCUUAUGAAGGUAAUAAACGACACGUUGAGAAGAACAACCCUUAUAUCUCAAACCUUUCGUGAGGCUAAAGCUAACGUAAAUAUCAAUGGGUUCAUUAUACCAAAAGGAUGGAGCAUACCAAUAUGGCAUAGAGUUGUUCAUAUGGAUCCUCAAAUAUAUAAACAUCCACAAAAAUUUGAUCCUUCGCGAUGGGAAAAUUAUAUACCAAAAGCAGGAGCAUUCACUCCCUUUGGAAUGGGAAAACUAUAUUGUCCUGGAAAUGAACUUUUGAAGAUUGAAACUGCCAUUUUACUUCACCAUUUUCUUCUUCACUACAAGAUGGAACGAGUAAAUCCAAAUUGUAAACUCACUCAUAUCCCGACUUCGAAGCCUAUAAACAACUGCCUUUGCAAAAUUACAGAGCUCCCAUAGCUCAUGCCCACCAAGAAACAUGGUUAUAUUGUAUAGUAGUCGUUUGAGUAUCAAUAACAAUAAUUAUCAUAUAAUAUGAUGAAAAAAUAUAUAAGUGUUACAGAAAGAACCGAAGACAAGAAAAUGUCUUCUUUCUGUUAUGUUGUUGUAACCACCAGAGCUUCUUCCUUGACCAUGAGCACAUGUGUAUAAAAAGGAAAUGAAUGUGAGAAUAGCAUCAGAGAGAGA